AGCCAGAACACGGCUCCGUACAGUUUCACUGUGGACCUACAACUCCUCCCACGGGCCACAAUACUCGCUACCUUCAUCUUUCAUUUGGGAACAUUCUGGAACAAGAGUGUAUGGUAGCAGGACAAUGAGGAUGUGUUGUGAGAUGUCACCUCUUCACCUGAUAUCCACCUGGGCCUUCACUGUGUGUGUCAUUUGGACAACAGCUAUAGGUGACCAGACUCCAGUCUUCAUCCCUCUAAACACACCGACAGCCAGGGAGACCAACACACCCACAACCAUCCACCCUAGCACAGACAGCGUUCCAACAGACAUUAGCGGUCCAGACGGACAUGUCUCCAACAGCGUUCCAACAGACAUUAGCAGUCCAGGCGGACAUGUCUCCAACAGCGCUCCUACAGACAUUAGCAGUCCAGACGGACAUGUCUCCAACAGCGUUCCAACAGACAUUAGCAGUCCAGAUGGACAUGUUUCCAACAGCGUUCCAACAGACAUUAGCAGUCCAGACGGACAUGUCUCCAACAGCGUUCCAACAGACAUUAGCAGUCCAGAUGGACAUGUCUCCAACAGCGUUCCAACAGACAGAUAUGAGAGGCUGGGGAGCUCCACACAGAGAGUUCUAGAAACAGUGACCGUGACGACCAUUGCAGGGACCAUCAAGACCACCGCUGCCGUGACAACAGUAGUAACCAGUGCAACAGUCGCUCCUCAGGCCUCAAGCACCCGGCCGCACAUCCCUCACACGGUCAUAUCACCGGUGGCGACAAACCCCACGGCAACAACCUCAGCACCAUCUCGCGCCCCCAAAAAACCACCCUGCUGUCCUCAACCCACUCGCAUGCCCACCCUUCCCCCUCAUCAGUUCAUAGGUGACGUGGGCGACUAUGACGAUGAGUCUGAAGAAGAGGAGGAAGGAACGGAGGAGGAGGAGGAAGGAGGCAAACUCAUAAAGGAGAAUCUGUGUGACUUUGACCCCUGCUUGCACCUGCAGAGACCCUGUCCAGAGGUCAGGGAAGCCAAGGGGCAGAGCUGCCGCUGCCCGGGCCUGACUCCAACCUCUGUGACCCCUGACCCUGUGGUGGCGCUGGAGGUGUGGGGAGUAUGGCCUGAGGCUGUGAGGGUGCGUUGGUGCUCCCCCUACUCGGCUGUGAGUAAGUUUGGUGUGUGGGCGCUGAGAGAGAACGACAGUGUGUUCAGUAACGGCAGCGUGAGCGCCUGGUCACGCCAGGCCAGUGUGUUCGGGCUAAAAGCGGGACGGAGGUAUAGAGUGUGUGUAAGCGCACUGAAUGGAGCUGGAACGUCACACACCCGCUGUGUGCCUGUGUCCACCCCAGUAGGUGUAGAGACGGUUGUGUUGUACGUGCUGACGGGACUGUGUGCAGCCCUGGGGGUGACGGUUGUUGUGCUGAGUGUGUUUCUUCACAGGAUCUGGAAGAUGCGAAACACACACUCUCUGUUUGACCCGCGGGCACACACGCUCUACAACCCACGUCUCGACACCAAAGUUUCACCGCCCACGUCUCACCACCCACGCCUCACCAGCCUGGUUUCAAUCACUAACCCGGCCUACACACACACCGACGAACACACUGUGUCUCCCUCUGCACGAUACACGUAGACGGACCAGCUGAAGUUAUCCACUAACGUACGCAACGAAUAAUAACACCUGUAACCACCCAUACCACCCUUACCCACAUGCCUUCCACCCUUACCCACAUGCCUACCACCCUUACCCAUAUACCUACCACCCUUACCCACAUGCCUACCACCCGUACCCACAUGCCUACCACCCUUAACAUGCCUACCACCCUUAACAUGCCUACCACCCUUACCCACAUUCCUACCACUCUCACCCACAUAUCUACCACCCUUAACCACAUAUCUACCACCCUUACCCACAUGCCUACCACCCUUACCCACAUGCCUACCACCCUUACCCACAUGCCUACCACCCUUACCCACAUAACUACCACCCGUACCCACAUAACUACCACCCGUACCCACAUGCCUACCACCCUUAACAUGCCUACCACCCUUACCCACAUUCCUACCACUCUCACCCACAUAUCUACCACCCUUAACCACAUAUCUACCACCCUUACCCAUAUAUCUACCACCCUUACCCACAUGCCUACCACCCUUACCCACAUGCCUACCACCCUUACCCACAUAACUACCACCCGUACCCACAUGCCUACCACCCGUACCCACAUGCCUACCACCCUUAACAUGCCUACCACCCUUAACAUGCCUACCACCCUUACCCACAUAUCUACCACCCUUAACCACAUAUCUACCACCCUUACCCACAUGCCUACCACCCUUACCCACAUGCCUACCACCCUUACCCACAUGCCUACCACCCUUACCCACAUGCCUACCACCCUUAACAUACCUACAACCCUUACCCACAUUCCUACCACUCUCACCCACAUAUCUACCACCCUUAACAUGCCUACCACCCUUACCCACAUGCCUACCACCCUUACCCACAUGCCUACCACCCUUAACCACAUGCCUACCACCCUUAACCACAUGCCUACCACCCUUACCCACAUGCCUACCACCCUUAACCACAUGCCUACCACCCUUACCCACAAGCCUACCACCCUUACCCACAUUCCUACCACCCUUAACCGCAUGCCUACCACCCUUAACCGCAUACCUACCACCCUCACCCGCAUACCUACCACCCUCACCCACAUAUCUACCAACCUUACCCACAUUCCUACCACCCUUAUCCACAUACCUACCACCCUCACCCACAUAUCUACCACCCUUACCCACAUUCCUGCCACCCUUAUCCACAUACCCACCACCCUCACCCACAUAUCUACCACCCUUACCCACAUUCCUACCACCCUCACCCACAUAUCUACCACCCUUACCCACAUACCCUACCACCCUACAGCAGAUUGCACAUAUCAGCACCAUUUUAUACAUCUUACCACCCAGUACUCAACUCAAAACUUCGAUUUUAACAAAUAAAGUCAAAUCAUUUUGUUUUGAACAUGUAAUUUUCCAGUAAAUUGUAAUAAAAGUAGAUUUUCAUA